AUGCGCACGUCGCUCCCUGUUCGAGCUGGCCUGCUUUCUGUGUUGAUGACACGUGUCCUGAUGAGUAGCUGCACCAUUUUCAACUGGAAUGUGCGGGGCCUCAACGACCGUGCGCGGAUAGCAACUGUGCGAUCACUCAUUGAUCAGACCCGUUGCUCUCUUGUGUGCCUGUGGGAGACCAAGCGGGAGGUGUUUCCCUCCCUUGAAGUUUCUGAAACUGUUGGGCCUCGGCUUGCUGGUCACGCCAUCCUUCCAGCAACAGGGACAAGGGGAGGUAUCCUGCUCGCCUGGGACACCGAUCUGUUUCAUGUCUCAAACACUGAUCUUUCCCCCUUCGCCAUAACAAUUACACUAAAUCCUCGCACGGGUGAUGCCCCAUGGUCGAUCACCACGGUCUAUGGGCCCUGUGAGGAAGAUGCCAGGCUGCUCUUUUUAGCUGAUCUUGCACGAAUCUGUGCUGUCACUCCUGGGCCAUGGGUAAUUGUUGGAGAUUUUAACCUCAUUUAUGAGGCGCGAGACAAGAACAACUCCAAUCUGAAUAUCCGGAUGAUGAGACGCUUCCGUGAUGCACUAAACAAUAGCGAGCUCAAAGAGAUCAAAUUAUCUAGGCGUCGUUUCACCUGGUCCAAUGAACAGGCCGACCCCACGCUGGUCCGCCUUGACAGAGCAUUCUGUGACACGGCUUGGGACCUGAGAUUUUCCAAUGCAAGAUUGCAACCAUUAGCCACGGCUAUGUCCGACCACUGUCCGUUGCUUCUGACCUGUGAAAGAACGCCACGAAGAUCGCCGCGUUUCCGUUUUGAGGCUUUCUGGACCCAUAUUGAAGGGUUCAGAGAGGUGAUUACCUCUGCUUGGAAUCAGCCAUGCCCCCCGCUCAACGCCCUUGGGCGGCUGGACUACAAGCUCAAACGAGAGGCGCGCGCCCUCAAGCUUUGGCAGAAAAAUUGCAUUGGAGACAUUAGACUGCAGUUUCUUAUGGCACAGGAUACACUUCUCCUUCUCGACGCCGCGCAAGAGUCCAGACUCUUGGACCGAUGCCGUAAAAACUUCAUAGCCCAGCUCAGUACACCUACGGCCAUCGCCACGGAUCAGGCUCACAAGGAGCAGGUGGCCAAAGAGUAUUUCACAAGCAUCAUUGGCACACCGGCGGCAGCGGUGGCGGAUUUUGAAUGGGCGGGCCUGGAUUUGCCGCGGCUGAACCUUACUGAACUUGAAGCCCCGUUCUCAGCGGACGAGAUUAUAAUAAAUGCAAUAAAGGACCUGCCGGGUGACCGUGCUCCUAGACCGGACGGUUUUUAUGAAUCCUUUUUCAAGGCAACUGUUGACAUCAUCAUCUCUGAUCUCCUGCUCGUGUUUCAACAACUAUAUCAGCUAAACCCUCGUGGCCUGGAUAGAAUGAAUGGGGCUCACGUUGUCUUAAUUCCUAAAGUGGAUGGAGCAAAUGCACUGUCAGAUUAUCGACCGAUCAGUCUGCUGCACAGCGUUGCCAAGCUAUUUCUCAAGGUUCUGGCGAUGCGUCUCGCUAAGCGUCUCCCGGAACUUGUCUUGCCAGGACAGAGCGCGUUUACCAAAGGAUGUAGCAUCCAAGACAACUUUCUGUUCGUUCAAGGAUUGGCUCGCCACUUCCGUCGGACUAAACGCCCUAUGCUUUUUCUGAAGCUGGAUAUUGCCAAAGCUUUUGAUAUGCUGGCCUGGCCCUACCUGCUAAACAUGUUGAGGGCACGGGGUUUUGGUGAGUGGUGGUGUGAAUGGAUCGCUAUGAUCCUUUCCUCGGCAUCCUCGCGAGUGAUCAUCAACGGAUGCGCUGGAGACCCAAUUCACCAUGCCAAGGGAGUUCGUCAGGGUGACCCCAUCUCCCCUUCCCUAUUCAUCCUGGCCAUGGAGCCUUUACAACGUCUCAUCGAAAAGGCGGUUGAAAGCAACCUGCUCUCGCAGCUGCGAGGUAGAAUUCCACCGGUGCGCGUCUCCUUAUAUGCUGACGAUGUGGCCCUCUUCAUCAACCCUGUAAAGGAUGAACUGGUGGUACUCAAAUCCAUUCUCUCCGCUUUCGGUGAUGUGACGGGACUGCGGGUAAACUUUGCGAAGAGCUCUGUGAUCCCCAUCAGGUGCGAUGGGCUAGAUAUGCAGGACAUAGUCGCCCCUUUCGGCGCCCGUGUCGCUGCCAUGCCAACCCGGUUCCUGGGAUUACCACUCUCCCUCAGGAAGCUGCGCAAGAUUGAUUAUCAGCCGUUGCUGGACAAAAUUCGGGCGCGCCUGUCUGGGCUCGUAAGGAAAUCGAUAAGUUGCGUCGAGCAUGGCUAUGGCGUGGCGAUGAGAGUUGUCAUGGCGGUCACUGACUGCCUCUACUCGACCAUGGGUGGGACUCCCAACGCCAUGCUCCAUGACCGACCACUUGCUGUUUGCCAUGGCAACUCGCUGCAGCUUGGAAAUGGGCGAAAGGCGUGCUUCUGGCUUGAUGCAUGGUUGGAGGGGCAAGCCCCAUGCCUCAUCGCCCCCGACAUCUUCAAUAUUACUGCCUGCAAGCACCGGACGGUGGCUUCUACCCUCACUGACGGCCAUUGGAUACGGGACCUGCAAGGGCGUAUCACGGCUGACACCCUUCCAUCCUUUGUCGCGCUCUGGACAAAGGUAGCUGCCGCGGCACCUCUCGUUGCGACCGAGAUCGACUCCUUCGAAUGGCGUUUUUCGACAAAUGGAUGCUACUCCGCGCACUCGGCGUACAUGCUGCAGUUCACGGGCUCUGUGGCUUACGGAGCGAUGUCCAUGAUUUGGAGAACUUGGGCGCCGGCGAAGCACAAGUUUUUUGCCUGGCUUCUUGCGCAAAAAGGAUCAUGA